AUGGGCCGCUCAGACGCAGAGGAAAUGGUAUACUCAAACUCAGACACCAUGGUCGAAGUUUUCAAAGGCGCUAUCCGGGGACGUAUGAUCCAACACCCAUCGCGAUCUUUCGCACUCGAGAUCACGCUCGAUCUUGUCAAGGGUGCCGAAUUCUUUUCUCACAAGCCGCCGCUGCAUUUCCACAUACAGGAAGAGUAUAUUGAGUCAAUCCAGGGCAAGAUGUGCCUGGAGCUUAACGGCAAGGAGCACGUACUGUUGGCAGGUGACGGGCCCAUGAGCAUUAAGCCUUACGUGAACCAUCGGUCGUACCCAGCGGCGCUGGCGGACCAAAACGAUGGCGAAACGGUUGUGAAGUUCCUGCUCUCGGGUGAGAAGACUGACAGUGUCUUCGAGCUGAAUCCUGUCUUCUUCGAGAAUUGGUACAAGUACCAGGACGAUGUGGUGGUGAAUGGAGCAAAGAUCUCCCUGAUACAGCUUUUUAGCACAUUCGAUGCUGGUGGUACUUAUGUGUCAUUUCCAUGGUGGGUGCCUUUCGGUCAAACGAUCUCGCAAAUAUUAGGCGUCGUAGUGGGAAGAUGGAUCGGCGGCAUGCUUGGAUAUCAGCCAUUCCACCGCAAGUGGACUACGGACUGGGAGCUGGCCUGCCAAAAGAUGGAAUCAUCUUUUUUCCAGAGGCGUUUCACAAAUAGAAUGAAAGUAGACUGA